UGACAAGACCCAAGAAAGGCAGUGUCUCUGAGAUGGAUGAGAUAGAUGAUUAUAUUGAUCCAAUGUUAUUAAUCGUCGAGUGGAAUGAUAAUGGACCCAGACAGCAAAACAUUAAUAAAAAUAACAUAACUAAUGUUAUUCAAAGGUUUCCUGGUAUUCGACCGAUUUCAGAUAUUCUCACGACUGGUGGAGGAGUCGUUACUAGCAAUCCAUCUGAAUCAAUUUUUUGUGUUUUUGAUGCUCCUCCUGCAGAGAAUCAACAGAUUACUGAACCAUCUUAG